AUGUCAUUGCAAACUAGAAAUAUUUCCAGGGUUCAACAAAUCCCUCUCUCUAAAAUCCGUCGGCCUAUAGCUCCGGUUCUAGACAACGCAAAAAUAGACGCGAUGGUGUCUACCUCUAAGGGCGUUCCCGCUGCAAGCAGUACAUGUACCUUAGAGGAAGCAACUGCCAUGAAUGGUGAACUUCCUCCAGUGGACGUCAUGCACGUGAUACACAAUGGAAAGGAGUAUUUUUUUGCUUUUGGUGGCUGCCACCGCUUUCAGGCCUACGAGAGGUUAAGCCGUGAGAAUAACACCGAUGAACUGGUACGAUGCAAGGUUAUUCCUUCUACAAGGGACCAAAUGAGGAUUUACGUUGGCGCUAGUGUUGAUUCUCUGUUUGAUGACUAG